CACGAUGAUGGACGAUGAGGCUUCGGUCGGAAUUGGCUCCCCCCGAGCCGGAUCUCGAAGACACGGCGGCAAAGGGAAACGAAGCUCCGGUCAUCAUGGGGAAGCCAGCUGGGUCAGCUGUGUGAUCAACCUGGUCAAUACAAUUAUCGGUGCGGGUGUCAUGGCCAUGCCUCUCGCAAUCUCCCACAUGGGAAUCGUCCUCGGCGUCUUCGUGAUAUUGUGGUCGGGAAUGAUGGCAGGCUUCGGUCUCUAUCUCCAGUCCCGGUGUGCCCAGUAUUUGGAAAGAGGCACCGCAUCCUUUUUUGCCUUAUCACAAAUCACCUAUCCUAAUGCAGCCGUCGUGUUCGAUGCCGCCAUCGCGAUCAAAUGUUUCGGAGUCGGAAUCAGCUACCUGAUCAUCAUUGGUGAUUUGAUGCCGGGAGUGGUCCAAGGGUUUGUUGGCGGUGCUCCGGACUAUGAUUUCUUGGUGGACCGGCAUUUUUGGGUCACGGCGUUCAUGUUGAUCGUGAUUCCGCUCUCGUACCUCCGCCGGUUGGACUCGCUCAAGUAUACCAGUAUCGCCGCUUUGGUCUCCAUGGCCUACCUGGUCGUUUUGGUCGUAUACCAUUUCGUCAAGGGGGACACGAUGACGGAUCGGGGCCCGAUUCGCGUCAUUCACUGGGCCGGCCCGGUUCCCACGCUCAGCAGUCUACCGGUGAUUGUUUUUGCGUUUACAUGCCACCAGAACAUGUUCUCGAUCUUGAACGAAAUCGGCAAUAACAGCCAUUUCCGAACCACCGGUGUGGUCCUCACCAGUAUCGGCAGCGCCGCGGCCACCUAUAUCCUUGUGGCUAUUACUGGGUACCUCUCUUUUGGAAACAGUGUUGGUGGAAACAUCGUGAGCAUGUACCCGCCAGGACUCUGGGCCACGAUUGGCCGCGCCGCCAUUGUCAUGCUGGUCAUGUUCUCGUAUCCACUGCAGUGCCAUCCGUGUCGGGCUUCCGUGGACGCCGUGAUGCGUUGGAGGCCCAAAUCCUCGUCUGCUAGCGACACCUCGCCUCAUCGACACCCUCUCCUGGGCCAGAGGAGCAACCGAACCCCCGAGCCGAUGAGUGACCUCCGAUUUUCUGUCAUUACUACCACCAUUCUCGUCUUGAGCUACAUUGUCGCCAUGACUGUCUCGUCCCUUGAAGCGGUGCUUGCCUACGUUGGCAGUACGGGCAGCACCAGUAUCAGUUUCAUCCUCCCCGGGCUGUUCUACUACAAGAUCUCCUCCCCCGAUUCGCCCCACCAUCAGCGUUUGAUGAAAGAGGACGACGAGGCCGCCGAGGGCAUGCUGUCUGAUGAUAGCCAGGAUGAUCCCGAUGGCGACGAGAGCGCGCCAGCGCGUCCACUGACGGAGAGUGGCAUUCUCCGCCGGGGGACGCGCCAGUGGCGCCGAUCGCUACUCCGAAAAUUGAGUUUGGCGCUCGUCGUAUACGGGGUGGUGGUCAUGGUUGUAUGCCUGAUCACCAACUCUCUUUUCAUUGCUUCCCACUAGACCGGUGGGUGGGGGUCCAUCUCCACAAGGUUUGACCUCGUGUCUAGAAUUAAACUUUCCACCACGCUCCUUUGAUUUCCUUGUCUUCCACGGUUCGACCGGUUCUCGAUCUAGAUCUGAGGUCCUUCAUGAUUACAGUGUCGGUUCACUAUACCAUUGCAAUGGCGUUGGGGUAUGAUUUGGUCUAGAUAUAUGCUUCAUUAAAGUUGAACUUUGGAAUAAACUUGAUCUGAUCCAUCCGUCCUCUCCUCGGUAACGCGUUGCAGUAAAUUCCUCUGAAUGUCAGGACUUUACCAACUGUACGGAGUAAUCUAACUGCAUUUCUCUUCCAGUGCUGCCAACACC